AUGUUUUUUUUUGGGGUUCUUUUUUGGGGUACAUGGAACUAUUUUCAGGCAGGGAGAUCACCAAAUAGGUUAUUUUACCUCUCAAUUCCUCCAAAUAUAUUCAUUGAUGUAGUGAGAUGUGCUAGCCGCUCUGCUACUUCUCCUAUGGGAUGGACCAGAGUCAUCGUUGAAAAGCCAUUUGGUCGCGACUCUGAAUCAUCUGCAAAGCUCACAAAGUCUCUGAAACAGUACUUAACUGAGGAUCAAAUAUUCAGAAUCGAUCAUUACUUGGGGAAAGAGCUCGUGGAGAAUCUAUCAGUUCUUCGGUUUUCCAACCUGGUAUUCGAGCCGUUAUGGUCUCGGCAAUACAUCAGAAAUGUUCAACUUAUAUUCUCUGAAGAUUUUGGAACAGAGGGCCGGGGCGGUUACUUUGAUAGCUAUGGGAUAAUCAGGGACAUCAUGCAGAACCAUCUCCUCCAAAUCUUAGCUUUAUUCGCGAUGGAGACACCUGUCAGUUUAGAUGCUGAAGACAUUAGGAAUGAAAAGGUUAAAGUCUUACGAUCAAUAAGGACUUUGCAGCUUGAGGAUGUUGUUGUGGGACAAUAUAAGGGCCAUAAAAAGGGUGGAAUAUCUUACCCUUCAUACACGGAUGACCCUACAGUACCAAAAAACAGUCUUACUCCAACAUUUGCAGCUGCGGCUCUUUUCAUUGACAAUGCUAGAUGGGAUGGUGUACCUUUUCUCAUGAAAGCUGGAAAGGCAUUGCAUACCAAGCGAGCAGAGAUUAGAGUUCAGUUCAGGCAUGUACCUGGUAACUUGUACAAAUCCAAAUUUGGGAGUGAUUUGGAUAGAGCUACUAAUGAGCUCGUGAUCCGUGUGCAACCUGGUGAAGCAAUAUAUUUGAAGAUAAAUAAUAAGAUCCCAGGGCUCAGCAUGAGAUUAGACCGCAGCAAUCUGAAUCUCCUUUAUUCAUCAAAAUAUCCAGCAGAGAUACCAGAUGCAUAUGAGAGGCUUCUCUUAGAUGCAAUUGAAGGAGAGCACCGACUUUUCAUCAGAAGCGAUGAGCUUGAUGCAGCUUGGGCCCUCUUCACGCCGGUGCUAAAGGAACUGGAAGACAAAAAGAUUGUGCCAGAGCUUUAUCCAUAUGGAAGCACUGGACCGGUUGGAGAACACUAUCUCGCUGCAAAAUACAACGUUCGAUGGGGAGAUCUCAAUGAUGGGAAACAUCAAUACUGGAUAUUCACACUUCCUAAAUACACCAGAUUGAAUUCAGUUGCUUUUGGAAGGAGGUGCUAUGAUGGGUACAAGCAAAGAAACUUACUAAACACUAAUAUAUAGGAGGGGAG